UUUACUGUAGUAUCGUGAAGGAAUCAGGAUAAAUUGGUUUCAUCAUUGCAGUCCUGAAUCUACCUCCAGCAUUUCAAAAUGGCUCCCAUUAUAGUACCAGGACGAGAGCAAGGCAAAAAGUGGAGAAUGUUCGGUUCUAAGAGAGGAAGUUCUGUACAAAGCAAACGUGUAACUCGAAGCGAGUUAAACGAGAAAGGUAACAGUCACACAACACUCCGUUACAUGCCAGGAUUAGCCAAAAAGUACUAUAGCCUGCGGCCAAGAAAAUCUGCACAAGAGCUCGGACAUUUUACGAGUCCUUCAAACAUGGGUGUGUUACGGGACCAACUGGAGCAGUAUUUGACCAGAAUGGAGGAAGAGCUUGACAAGACUAUCACUUUCUGGCUGGAAAAAUCUGGCGACAAACGAAACGGCGGUUACUACGUAUGUCUUGCUAGAGAUGGAAAAGUUUACGAUGACUCCAAGUACGGCUGGCUUGAAGGCAGGCAGGUAUGGAUGUACUCUAAACUUUACAACGAGUCUUGGAAAUAUGGCAAGGCGAAGAUCCUUAAAGCUGCACUAUCAGGUGGUGAAUUUUUGUUAAAACACAUCAAAAACCCUGAAGAUGGGAGAUGUUACUUCCAAGUCACAGCUGAAGGGAAGCCAAUUAAGAUUCAAAGGACUAUCUUUACGGAGUGUUUCUAUGCGAUAGCAAUGGCUGAGCUGUAUCGAGCUAGUAAUCUUAUAAAGUAUAAGGAGGAAGCGGUGCGAAUGCUGUCCUUGGUAACACACUGGGCACGAAUUGAUGACACGCAGCUUGGCUGACCCAAGCUGUCAGGCCAGGAGGCGGCAAAUCCCCUUGCUGUACCAAUGAUGUUGUUGUAUGUGAUCGAUGAAGUUUGCCGAGAAGAUUAAGAGCUCCGUCAGACGUACAUUGAGGACGAGGAGUGGGCUGUGCAGCAAAUUCUGAAGCAUUUACAGAGAAAGGGUAGAGUGGUAUUAGAAAAAGUCACAGAAGAAGGAAAAGAGAUAUCUGGUGCUGAGGGUCGACUCAUCAACCCAGGACACGCCAUUGAGGCCGGAUGGUUUCUCCUUCAGUACGCUAAACGUACACAGAACGACGAACUGGCUACAAUUGCCAUCGACAAGUUUAUAGUUCAGUCAUUUGACACAGGAUGGGAUGACAUGUAUGGCGGGAUUCUUUACUACUUGGAUGCAAGUGGCUACUCGCCGACACAGCUGGAGUGGAAUAUGAAGCUUUGGUGGCCCCAUGCUGAAGCACUAAUUGCACUCCUCAUGGCUUACAAGAAGACUAAAGAGGAACGCUUCAUGGAGAAGUUUGAUCUCGUAUUCCAGUACACAUUCUCACAUUUUUCAGAUUCACAAUACGGUGAGUGGUUCGGAUAUCUCAAUCAGAAAGGCGAAGUGACACACACCUUCAAAGGAGGACCGUUUAAAGGUUGUUUUCAUGUUCCUCGUUGCCUGCACAUGUGUAUCAAGAUGCUGAAGGAAUUGCUUGCAGAGAAAACACUAUCAAAUGGUCUAUCAAAUGGUCUAUCAAAUGGUCUACGAAAUGGCAACGGUGUUCAUUAGGUCACAAAACAGAAUGAACGCAUCAAACUAUGGGAUAAUAUAAGAAGCGCUCACGAUU